AUGUCAACUCAUCGGAGCAACUAUUUCGGCAUUAACUGGUGGGCAUGGCAUUUACUGGGCGCCGUGGAGCUGAGUGCUAUUAACCACGGAAGUAAUCGCAACUGGAAAGCGGUGGUUUUAAAUGUUUUGACUACCGUUGCAUUUCCAAUAAUGCUUGCCAUGGCUGCAUUUAGUUUUGAGCUGCCGCUGGAUAAUCUGAUGAACUUCAACAUAUCCGUCACAUCGUUGGCCACGUCGGCAAAGUUUAUCAUCUAUGUAAAGCAGCUGCAUAAGGUCCUGGAAAUUGAGCAGCGCCUUGCUGAAUUGGAUGCACGGGUGAAUUCGGAUGAUCAGCGCAAAUGUCGUUCCGGGGUGAACAGAAUAUUGCGCAUUAUGUCGACAUUCUACAAAUGGAUCUUUGCUCUCAUUGGUCUCAGUUCGAAUGUCACGUUUUUGUUUCGCGGUCAGCGCACUUUGCCCUUUCCCGCCUGGUUUCCCUUGAACUGGAGUGGAUCGCUAGCGAACUACAUCGUUGCUUGCCUCCAUCAGAUUCUGUGCAUCUCCGUGCAAAUUAUGCAGAACUUUGUGGAUGAUUUGUUCCCGCCAAUGGUGCUAAUUCUGAUUGCCGGCCAGUGUGAACUGCUCUUUAUACGCAUCUCUCACAUUGGCUACGAUCGGUGCGAUCAGCGUGCCAAUGAGCAAAAGCUCAUUGAUUGUAUAGAGGAUCAGCAGAAGAUCUACAGGAUACAUGAGCUCACCAUGGACAUAAUAUCGUGGCCAUUGCUGGUACAAUUUGUUGUGAUUUCCAUCGAUGUGGGUGCUGCUCUGUGCACUCUCUUCUUUUAUGUGAAUGAUGUGUAUGGUCGUGUUUACUAUGUAUCCUUCAUCUUUGCACUCGCACUUCAAAUAUUUCCAGUCUGCUAUUAUGGCACCAUGGUCGACUAUCAAUUUGAACGUUUGCAGACAGCCGUCUACAGCAGCAAUUGGAUUGAUCAGAGCUUGGCCUAUCGCAGGAGUGCCAUCAUAUUUGCAGAACGCACACAAAGACUGCCAAAACAGCUGGCCGGUAAUUUUAUACCCAUUGCGCUGACCACUUUUCUGGCCAACUGUAAGGCAGCCUAUUCGUUUUGUACUUUGAUAGCUGACACUCGAAGCGAAGAUUGCGCCGUGGAGCUGAGUGCUAUUAACCACGGAAGUAAUCGCAACUGGAAAGCGGUGGUUUUAAAUGUUUUGACUACCGUUGCAUUUCCAAUAAUGCUUGCCAUGGCUGCAUUUAGUUUUGAGCUGCCGCUGGAUAAUCUGAUGAACUUCAACAUAUCCGUCACAUCGUUGGCCACUUCGGCAAAGUUUAUCAUCUAUGUAAAGCAGCUGCAUAAGGUCCUGGAAAUUGAGCAGCUCCUUGCUGAAUUGGAUGCACGGGUGAAUUCGGAUGAUCAGCGCAAAUGUCGUUCCGGGGUGAACAGAAUAUUGUGCAUUAUGUCGACAAUCUACAAAUGGAUCUAUGCUCUUAUUAAUUUCUGUACGAAUGUCGCGUUUUUGUUUCGCGGUAAGCGCACUUUGCCCUUUCCCGCCUGGUUUCCCUUGAACUGGAGUGGAUCGCUAGCGAACUACAUCGUUGCUUGCCUCCAUCAGAUUCUGUGCAUCUCCGUGCAAGUUAUGCAGAACUUUGUGGAUGAUUUGUUCCCGCCAAUGGUGCUAAUUCUGAUUGCCGGCCAGUGUGAACUGCUCUUUAUACGCAUCUCUCACAUUGGCUACGAUCGGUGCGAUCAGCGUGCCAAUGAGCAAAAGCUCAUUGAUUGUAUAGAGGAUCAGCAGAAGAUCUACAGGAUACAUGAGCUCACCAUGGACAUAAUAUCGUGGCCAUUGCUGGUACAAUUUGUUGUGAUUUCCAUCGAUGUGGGUACUGCUCUGUGCACUCUCUUCUUUUAUGUGGAUGAUGUUUAUGGUCGUGUUUACUAUAUAUCCUUCAUCCUUGCACACGCACUUCAAAUAUUUCCAGUCUGCUAUUAUGGCACCCUGGUCGACUAUCAUUUUGAACGUUUGCAGACAGCUGUCUACAGCAGCAAUUGGAUUGAUCAGAGCUUGGCCUAUCGCAGGAGUGCCAUCAUAUUUGCAGAGCGCACACAAAGACUGCCAAAACAGCUGGCCGGUAAUUUUAUACCCAUUGCGCUGACCACUUUUCUGGCCAACUGUAAGGCAGCCUAUUCGUUUUGUACUUUGAUAGCUGACACUCGAAGCGAAGAUUGA